AUGGAAUUGUAUUCAGAAAUUGCACGCCUUGCCCUUACCGAUGACGAAAAGACCCGACUACGCGUUCGCUUUACAGAGAAUCCCAAUAUCGAGAGCAAAGCGCAAGCUGUGUUGCCAACAUGUGGAAACGACAACUUAAAG